AUGCCUAUUCUGCGAUGGAGGAAGAUGCUUCCAACGUCUACACUGACCUUAAAGAAGCCCUUCUUUCUAAGUUUGAUAUCUCUCCUGAGACUUAUAGGCUCCAGUUCCGGUCAAUCUACAUUCCCCCUGGUGAAUCCCCCAAGGAGACUUACAACAGACUCAAAGGUCUCUACCGAAGAUGGAUCAAGCCGGAGCAGCGUUCCAAAGAAGACAUCGCAGAGCUUUUCAUUCUAGAGCAAAUCCUUCGCAUAUUGCCCAACGAAAUUAAGAUUUGGGUCAAGGAACACAAGCCAGAAGACGGACUUACUGCUGCUAAACUUGCAAGCCAGUACUUUAAUGCUCGUAAAGGACUCCGAAUGCCAAGGCAGCAGAACAACCGUGUAGCAGCCCAAGGUGCAGCCAACCUGUCAAACCAAAGAGGUGUGCAGAAAGCAGGUGGUUACAGCACCUCGGGGGACAACAGACGUUUCCCAAAACAGAGUCCAGUGAAGGAUCUCAUCUGCUACCACUGUCAACAGCCAGGGCAUCAAGCCCCAGUCUGCCAAUUGAAAGGUCCCAAGCUGUCCAGCAUAUGUCAGGUUCCCCACCUCUCUGUCCCAGCUUCAGUCAUGGCACCUGCUCUUGCAUCCAAUCCUGAACCUGAGGCAGAACCUAACAUGAUGCCAGCUUGUGUUAAUGGCCGUCCAGUGCAAGCACUGUUGGGCAAAGGAAAGGCAUUCCAAGUGUACCACAUCAACUUUCUGAUGGAAUGGAAGGAGAGGAAAUCCUCUGUGGAAGUAAAGGAUGUCCAGGCCAGUCAAGUAGCCACUCAAAGCAAGGAGUUGCAAGAGGAAAAGGUGAUGCUGGCACAGGAAGUAGAAAUGGAGGAUGAUGUGGAGGAGACAGAUCUGUCUAUGCUCACUACACCACAAAACCUGAUGUAAGUC